GUACACCUGAGAUUAGCUCACAGGAAUCAUGACCAUGGGGAGGAUCAUAUUCUAUGAGGAGAGGAACUUCCAGGGCCGGUCCUACGAGACCAGCAGUGACUGCCCGGAGCUGACCUCCUACCUGAGCAGGUGCAACUCCUGCAGGGUGGAGAGCGGCCUCUUCGUGGUCUACGAGAAGCCCAACUUCAUCGGCCACCAGAUCCUGGUGAGACGGGGCGAGUACCCCGACAACCAGCGGUUGAUGGGGAUGAGCACCAGCGACUGCAUCCGAUCCUGCCGAAACAUCCCCAUGCACCGAGGGCCCUUCCGGAUGAGGAUCUACGAAAGGGAGAACUUCGGAGGCCAGAUGCACGAGCUGCUGGACGACUGCGACAACAUGAUGGAGCGCUUCCGCAUGUCCGAGUGCCAGUCGUGCAACGUGACGGACGGACACUGGCUGAUGUUCGAGCAGCCCAACUACAGAGGCAGGAUGGUGUACCUGAAGCCAGGAGAGUACAGGAACCUCAGGGAGAUGAGCACGACCAACCUGAGCAGGUUCAGCUCCAUCAGACGCAUCAUGGACGCCUGUUAGCUCC